UUACAAACUGGGGAAGUAGCUGCUGCAGAAGCCGAGCGAGGGGAGAAAAGCGAAGAAAGCCGGGGCGACCCUGAGGGGUUCCCGGGAAGCCAUCAUGACCACCCCUACCCUCCAAACCACGAAGGAUCCUCGCUUCCGGGGUGUAUCUCCCACCCCUAGCAAGAUUCCGGUACGCAAGAAAUGCCCGCCUUUACCCACGGUCAAACCAUGCGCUCUAGACCAGGAGAAUCAAGAUCCAACGAGAUGGGUGCAGAAACCACCGCCCAGUAUUCAACGCCCCCUCGUUGACACAGCAGGACCCAAGCUGAAAGCCACGCACCAAACAGAGACAUCACAAAAAUUGGUGGGGAUCGCUCAGCUCCGCAACCCCUUGGAAGAGCUCAGGCCUAGCCCUGGGAGUCAGAAUAUGGGGCCUGGGCCCCCUACCCAGACAGAGGCUCCAGGAGCCAUAGAAUUUGUGGCUGAUCCUGCAGCUCUGGCCACCAUUUUGUCAGGUGAGGGGGUGAAGAGCUGCCACCUGGGGUGCCGGCCCAGUCUGGCUCAGAGAGUACUGGUUCGAGGGAAUCAGGAAGGCACCAUCCGGAGGGGCCAGGGCACUCGGGCCUCUGCAUAUUUGGCCCCCAGAACCCCCACCCACAGACUGGACCCUGCCAGGGCUUCCUGCUUCUCGAGGCUAGAGGGAUCAGGACCUCGAGGCCGGACUUUGUGCCCCCAGAGACUGCAGACUGUGAUUUCAUCUUCAGGAUCUUCCUUUCACCCCUCCACACACCCCAGUUUCCAGGAGCUAAGAAGAAACACAGGUGGCAGCAGCCGGACUUCAGUGAGCCAAGCCUCAGGAUUGUUCCUGGAGACCCCAGUCCAGUCUGCUUCCUUUCUCCCUAAAGGAGAACAUGAGGUUGUCACUCACUCAGAUGAAGGAGGAGUAGCCUCCCUUGGUCUGGCCCAGCGAGUACCAUUAAGAGAAAACCGGGCGAUAACACACACCUUGGACAGCCGUGACUCCCACCUGAUGUCCUCCCCUGCAGCCCUGCCCACACCUGGCCAUGCGGUGCCACUUUCUGUUACCCGUCCAUCACCCUAUGGACGAGCUCAGCGUGUUCCCUCCCCAGGCCUCCCAGCUCGGACCUCAUAUUCAGUGUUGCGUCGUCUUGCUGCUCAGCCCAAAACCUGGUUCACACCCUUGGCAUCAGGUCCCAGAGCGUCAGCCCCCAGAGUUCAGCAGGCCCGAGGGUUGAGUGGCCUCUCCCCCCAGUCCUGCCCUGAAGAGCCUGCCCUGCCCUGGGAACAGAUUGCAGUACGGUUGUUUGACCAGGAGAGUUGUAUAACGUCACUAGGUGGGUCUGAAAAAACACUUGUGGCCACUCCUCCUGCACUAUACCCCAACAGAACCCCCAGCCUCCAGAAGCAGAAGUUGCAGCGCAUCAAUAUCCUGCAGCAGCUGCUGAGACAGGAGGUAGAGGGGCUGGCAGGGGGCCAGUGUGCUCCCCUUAAAGGAGGCUCCUGUCUGGAUAUGGUUGAACUUCAGCCCCUGCUGACUGAGAUUUCAAGAACUCCAAAUGCCCCAGAGUGCAAUACUGGGACUUCCUACCUUCCUGGCCUGUCACAGCACUCUGGGUUGCCAAAGCCCUGCCCUCCAGAGGAGUGUGGGAAACCACAGCCCUGCCCUCCAGCGGAGCCAGGGCCCCCAGAAUCCUGCUGUGGGAGUGAGCCUGAGACACCAGAGCCCUCCCCCGAGGAGCAGCUGGAAGUAUCAGUGCCCUGCCCUCCAGCAGAGCCAGGGCCCCCAGAGUCCUGCUGUAGGAGUGAGCCUGAGACACCAGAGCCCUCCCCCAAGGAGCAGCUAGAAGUAUCAGCACCCUGCCCUCCAGCAGAGCCUGGAACCCUUCAGUCCAGCCGCCAGGGGCAGGCUGGAGCCCCAGAGCCCUGCCCUAGGGUAGAGCUGGGGACAUCAGAGGCAUGUACCCUGGAACCUCAAAGUCCAGAGUCCGGCCCACCACCCAGCUGCAGUCAGUGGACUCCGGCAACCACCAGCCUGAUCUUCUCUUACCAACACCCACUUUGUGCCAGCCCCCCAAUCCGCUCACUGCAGUCUCUGAGGCCCCUGUCGGGCCAAACAGGCCUCAGCAGUCUGGCCCCUCGAACCCUGGCCUUGAGGCAGCGCCUCAAAGCAUGUCUCACCACCAUCCACGGCUUCCACGAGAUGCGUCUGGAUGAUGAGUGUGCCUUUUACACUAGCCGAGCCCCUCCCUCAGGCCCCACCCGAAUCUGCACCAACCCUGUGGCCACAUUACUCGAACGACAGGACACCCUGAGGCAGGCCUUGCCAGGAAUUAACUAA